UCCGUAUAAAAAGUGAAUGUCUCUUACGUGCCUCGUUAAAUCCUCAGGAAAGCGUUUUUCGGAGAGGGAAGGGCGGCGUACAUGGCGAAUCAGUCCCAGUGUUUGGACGAUGCUCCCUUUAGGGGCUUCCGCACCACUUGGGGUCCUAUCCCGCCUCAGGUGUACAGCGAGGCGCAGCGCCUGGCGCUGGAGGAGCUUAUCGCCGGAGGCCGGCCGGCUUUCCACGCUUUCCUGCGCCGGGAGAAGAUGCGCGCCUUCCUCUCCGAGUCCGAGAUCCGAGCUAUCUUGCGCGCUGCCGUGGCUCCUCCGGGGGCAGACGAAAGCUCCGGCGGUUCAGACCAGUCCCUAAACGCCUCUUUGGAUUGCUCGUCCCUCACUUACUUCCCGGUGCAAUCCGACGUGGAUCCGCCUGUACUGGAACUGGGCUGGCCGGCCUUCGUCAGCGGUUCUUUCCGGGGGCUCACUCGGGUAGAGACUCAUUUCCAGCCCAGCUUUGGCGAGACCAUUUAUCCCUGCAAGGAGGUGGUGCGCAAACAGAUCCGAUCGGCCAGGGAGGUUAUUGCUAUAGUUAUGGACUCCUUCACAGACAUGGACAUUUUCAGUGAUCUCCAGGAAGCCUGGAGGAGGAGGCUGGUUCCUGUCUACAUCCUUCUGGACCAGGCCUUUCUUUGUCAUUUUAUGGAGAUGUGCAGGAAUCUGGAAUUUUCUCCUGAACAGGAACAUCUGCUGAUAGUCCGGACGAUUACUGGAAACACUUAUUAUGCAAGAUCAGGAGCCAAGAUAAUUGGGAGUGUCCAUGAGAAGUUCAUGUUGGUUGAUGGUGUAAGAGUGACUACAGGCUCCUACAGCUUCACGUGGACAGAUGGGAAGCUCAACAGCAGUAACUUGUUGCUACUCUCUGGCCAAGUGGUUGAGCACUUUGACCUGCAGUUCCGAAUCCUUUAUGCACAAUCAAAACCUCUUAACCCGAAGCUGCCGCCCAGCUGCAGGAACAGUGGUGCCUUUGAGCAUGUCAGCAGCAAAGCAGCACCUUGUAAAGACUUCACAGUUGGUAACCUCCUGCGAGCUGAGUUUGCCAGGCUCUCGAGCACCCCAAAAAAGCUUGAGAUGGAAAUGAAACUGGCUAGAGAGCUCCGAAGAGGCAGGGUGACCGCUAAACGCCCUCACCUUAGUGGCGAGGAAGAGUGGCACAGUGGUCCUGAGGUCCUGGCGAAACCUAAGGGGAUAAAUAGCCAGUCAACUCAGACUGAGCCAUUGGAAGAGAAGCCCACAGCCGCACUCUCUGACUGUGCCACGCAAACCAGCAUUUCAGUGGCGACCACCACCACCCAGACCACUACUCGAUCCAGAAUGGUGGGCACUCAGACAGCAGUUCUGUUCAAGACUGCCAUGACACAGACGGACAAGAGGGAGAAUGUGGCAGUGUCUCAGGAUCCAAGGGUACCUGGUCAAGGGAUUCCUGAACAGAGAGUGGUCUCUAAAGAAGCAUUUCUUGAUCAGAGGGUGCUCUCUAAAGAAACAUCUCCCAUUUCUAGAAAGUCUACCUCAACUUCUUCUAGCGCACGGUCGCUUUCUUCACUGUCUUCCCAGUGCUCUCGGGCAAGCUCUGCAGGUUCCCUAACGUCCCUUAGGUCCAUGGAUUAUCCUGUCAACCACAGGACAGACUAUUUCCGCAAGCUGAACAAGGAAAGGGAAUUUCACUACUCUGUCAUCCGGUCCAAGCUUAAUCACAUGGUUUCCAUGCUGUCUCAGAAGGGCAAUGUGACAGAAAACUACAUAGGCUGCCGUCCAAUGAGGUGCAACUUAAAACCUAGGCGGCAGAUCAGCACUAGCCUAGUAAACCUCAGAGACUUUGCACUGUAUUCAUCAAAUGACCGCUUCUGAGUAAAGGGAAUUGUGAGAGCUGGUGCACACAUCAUAAUUGCAAUGUACAUUUAAUUGCCUGCCCACCCAUUCACACCAAUUUGUGCGACACUGCAGACCAUUCUCAGGUUUUGGUGUGGCAUGGAGAAAUAUCAUUUGAAUGCCAAGUCAAUACAGACAUGAACAAGAUAUGAUGGUAGCCAGCAUAUAGAGACUACUUUAUGUUGCUCUCUGUAGCUUACGUUUUGUGUGCACCAGUUGUAUGUGCUCCCAUCUUUGCCCUUAGACCUGUUAAUUCUGUGCAGCCCUUCAAAAUGUUGCUUUCUGAUGCUUUUUUUGGUCUUAAGUCAUGGGAUAACUUUUUUUAUCAACGCACAAAAAUAUUAGGUAUGUUUUUUUUAAAAAAAACCAGAAGUGCUUACUUUUUUUUGUCCCAAAUAUAUAAGCAUAUGAAACUAUUUUAACUAAGGAUAUGACCCUGUAGAUGAGUUAAUAAGCGAUGGUUAACAAAAGGCACUGCUCAUAUCUUUAAUAUUAAAAGAUGGGGCAAAUUUUCCAGCUAUCAUCUGUUAUUUUUACUGUCUUGUACAUUGUUAAUAUGAAUCUGUUGUGUGUGAACUCUUAUUUUGACUUUGAAAAAUAAAACAUUUCCAAAAAAACAAAA